AUGAAAAAUCACGAGAAUCGACCUCUUUCGGCGCAUUUGCACCAACUCCCCGAAGUGAAUGAGGUGUAUGCCCACUACUCCAGGCGUGGAAAAGGUCGUGGCCCCCGUCGUGGUCAUGAUAAUAGUCGUGGUCGUGAUAAUGGUCAAAGAAAAAAUUAUUUUCCUGGUGUUAAUCACUCUUCAAAGAAAAAUCACCACCAAAAGGGGAAAAACAAGGAUGAUAGGCAUGAAGUGCCAGAAGCACGUGGCUCAGAAAACAAAUGCUAUCGAUGUGGUGGAAGUGCACACUGGGCACGUACCUAUCGUACGGCAAAGCACUUGGUUGAGCUUUAUCAGGCAUCAAUUAAAAGAAAAGAGAAAAAUCCCGAAGCUAAUUUUAUCUCUGAAAAUCAAAUUGACAUCACACAUUUGGAUGUGUAUUUCUUUGAGCACCCUGAAGGAAAGAUAGAUCACUUGAUUAGUGAUGGUUCUGUGGUUAGAGAUGAUUGA